AUGCACCGCCUCGUCGUAACCCUCGCCAUUGUCGGUCUCUGCAAGCAGACCUGCGCAACGCUUUUUGACGGCCCAGCCGUAUCGGCCGAAGCAACGACAUCAUCCACUUCCGUAGAAGACACAACCACAGCUUUGGCCCCAAUGUCCAGGGCCAAGCGCCAGUGUGGUGGGAUGGGUGGAUGCUGCGCUGGGAUGUGCGGCCAGUGUGGAGGCAUGGGCAUGUGUGGGCAGGUAUGCUGCGCCCAGCAGCCGUCAUGCUCUUGCGGAAACCCCGGAUGCUCAUGCCUUCCGGCCGCUCCCCCGCCUUGCGUCUGUGGAACCCCUUCGUGCUCUUGCACCACUAACACCCAGCUUGUCGCUGUCCAGCAAACAUGCUGCACUUGCUGCCGCCCCGUCUGUACCCAGGCUUGCAUUCAGGGAGGAGGCUGCGGUUGCGGUUGCACCCGUGGAGGCUGCGGCCGCAAGCGUCGCUCUCUGCUCGCCAUUGCCGCCGAGGAAGCCGACAAGCAG